GGAACAGUCAUUGAUUUGAUCAUUUUACACAAGCACCCUGCCCCCCCAAGAUCCCCAGAUUCUUUUAAAGUUUCAAGCUUCAACUCGACGACGAGAACCAAUCAACCGAUAUAAGCGGCCCUUCGUAUAUUUCUAUUAAAUUUUGAUAGUGAUCAUAGUGUUUGAAUCGUGCAAGCUCAGGAGAGUCGACACCAUCGUCCGCGUUAUUAUCCAUAGAUAUCCCCACCUGAUCCCAUUUUAGAUUGCACACUUGUUGGUAGGAAAAAACCUACCUGAAAGAAAGGAAGAUGGGUAUACCCAAGUUUUUUCGCUGGAUCAGCGAGCGAUAUCCACUAUGUAGUCAACUGAUACAGGAAAAUAGGAUCCCUGAGUUUGACAACCUCUACUUGGAUAUGAAUGGCAUCAUUCACAAUUGCUCCCAUCCCAACGAUUCCGAUGUACACUUUCGCAUGACGGAAGACCAGAUAUUCUUGGCCAUCUUCAACUAUGUGGACCACUUGUUCUCCAAGAUCAGGCCAAAAAAGUUAUUCUUCCUUGCUGUGGACGGUGUGGCACCAAGGGCGAAGAUGAACCAACAGCGCGCAAGGCGUUUCCGUACGGCGAAGGAUAAUGCAGAAGCUCGUCAGAGAGCAAUACAGCGUGGGGAGGAACUUCCAAAAGAGGCACCCUUUGAUUCUAAUUGCAUCACCCCAGGAACACCAUUUAUGGCAAGGCUGCAAGAACAGCUGAAGUACUUCAUCAAUAAAAAGAUCACGGAAGACGCCAGUUGGCACAACGUAGAGGUCAUAUUGUCCGGUCACGAGGUGCCAGGCGAGGGGGAACAUAAAAUUAUGGAAUAUCUACGUUUAGCCAAGUCGCAACCUGAUUACGACCCGAAUGUCAGACAUUGCUUGUAUGGUUUAGAUGCAGAUUUGAUGAUGUUAGGACUACUCAGCCACGAACCGCAUUUCGCCUUGCUUCGAGAGGAAGUCACAUUCGGUCGAAGUCGAAAGAAGAACCCAGGUGGAAAUCCUGAAGCACAGAAUUUCUACCUCAUGCAUCUCUCUUUGUUCCGAGAAUACCUCGAUGCGGAGUUCUCGACCCUUCAAGAUCAACUUUCAUUCAAAUAUGAUGUGGAGAGAGUCAUUGACGACUUCAUCGUGCUCGCCUACUUUGUAGGGAAUGAUUUCCUACCUAAUUUACCUGGACUACAUAUCAAUGAAGGUGCCUUGGCAUAUAUGUUCAAAGUGUACAAGACAGUUUUAUUGGAAGGUGGUGGCUACCUCAACGACGGGGGUCAACUGCAACUGGAUAGGUGCGAGAGAUUCUUACGCAAACUCGGCGAGCAGGAACGCGAACUAUUCGAAGUCGAAGUCGGGGAUGUGAAGUGGUUGCAAGGUAAACGGACGAAUGGACAGUCAAAACAAGCGCCAAAAAAAUCACAGCUAGUUUUGAGCAAACCUCAGCGCGAGUAUUACGACAAGAUCAAGUCAUUUGUCCUAUCGAAUAGGGAAACCGCGCGGCUAACGUUUUCGACCAACAUACCUGCGCGCGAUCGCACCUUCAUCAUCAAUCUAGCGAAUGAGCUUGGUAUCAGUCACACAAUCGAUGCCUUGGGGGAAGGAAAGGACCUACCUCAGCACCAUAUAAUUUUGGAUUGGGAUGAAGAUGACGAUGAGGACGACGAAGAAAGCAUGGAAGCCAGACAACGCGUACUUCGACGAUGGGACGCGGCGGAGAUUAUAGACGAAGAUGGGCUUGCUGCUAGCUUGGAGGCGGAAGAGAAGCAGAAGUUGGACGAAGCAUUCGUGGAGUGGAAGCGGGAGUACUACAAAGAGAAAAUGGAGAUCAAUUAUGACAAUCAAGCGCAAAUGUCAAAGUUGGUGUACCACUAUGUGGAGGGCUUGCAGUGGAUUGCAUACUACUAUUAUAAUGGGGUUGCAUCCUGGGAAUGGUUUUACCCGUACCACUAUGCGCCAAAAAUAACGGAUCUGGUGAACAUCGGCAAUCUUGACAUAAAAUUUGAUAUCGGCCGACCGUUUUUGCCUUUUGAGCAGUUGAUGGGUGUCCUACCUGCAGCAAGUCGACAGCAUAUUCCUGAAGCCUUCCGCGAGUUGAUGACGGAUCCUGGUUCGCCAAUCAUCGACUUCUACCCAGCUGAUUUUGAGCUAGAUAUGAACGGAAAGAAAGCCGAUUGGGAAGCCGUUGUUAAAAUCCCUUUUAUCGACGAAACGCGGCUACUGCGUGCCCUCCACGCGAGAGAAAACCAGCUUACAAAAGAAGAGAAGUCUCGAAAUAGACAUGGAGACAGCUUCAUUUUCGAAUUGGAUGCUAAACAGCCCCAUUCCUAUCCCUCACCAUUACCGGGAGUGUUUCCUGAGAUUGCCAAGUGCGUGUGCAAUAUGCGAAUUUAUCGUCUCCCAACCGUUGGGUCUGACGGAUUCGUGAAGGGCCUGUGUGCCGGAGCUCAGUUGGGAGUACGUGCCCUCGCUGGGUUCCCUACGAUGAAGACGCUUCCACACACUGCUACCCUGGGCUUCCAUGGUGUACACGUGUUUACCAUGGAGAGUCCGAAUGAAAGUAUGAUCAUUGCACUUGAGAACAGAUUUGAGGGAUGCAUCCCAGAAGAGAUUGCAAAGACUCAAAUUGGGCAACGUGUGUUUGUGAACUGGCCUUUCCUACAAGAAGCACUUGUCAGCUCGAUGACCGAUGAGUUUUUUCGAUAUGAAAUAAAAGAGAUCGGAGGGCGCAAGGAUGUGGUGAAGAUACCUCAGAACCAAGACAGCCAAGAUCGGUUUUACAAAGCGAGCGAAAGGAUUGAACAUUAUUACAGCAAGCGUUAUGGAACAAUAACAGGACCAGUUGAGAUCCUCCUUAAUGUCCGCUUGUUGAAAGGAAUGAAGCUCCAAGAAGACGGGGCGUUAGUCAAGGACUAUGGUUCGUACCAUGAGGAAACGGAUAUUGCGUUGCAGACUGUGGUUGGCCAAGUGGAGUUUGAGGACCCUAGAUACAAGGAGCAACCGGCGGCACCACUACCGCAAGAGUACCCCCUGGGAUCUCGAGUGUUCUUUUUGGGAAAUCAAGGAUAUGGCCUGGCUGCCGAUGUUGUGGGAUAUGACACUGAGAAGCUUCAUAUCAAACUCUUGAAGCCAACAGAUCCGGAACUGGUCGAAGGCUUGCACUUCACCAGGGAGAAGGCAAUUGAUGCAGAGCGUGGCGAACGCUACAUGCCCAGCUGGCAGGUUGCGAAGCAAUUGGGCAUUCCUAGCUUGGCUCUCUCAAAAGUCACGUCCAGCCUUCAUGUAAUCAGUAAGAAGUCCGAUCAACGAUACAAUCUGGGGUUAAAUUUGAAGUUCGAGUCCAAAAAGAGGAAAGUGCUGGGUUAUUCAAGAAAGACCAGCUCUGGGUGGGAAUAUUCGCAAAGGGCUGUAGCGCUCAUCAGGGAAUACAAGGAUCGAUUCCCAGCUCUCUUCGUAGGAUUGGAAAAGAGGUCAAGAAAUGACCUUUACGAGGACACUGAGAUUUACCCGGAGGAGGUGGCAUCAUCGAAGCUAAAUGAGAUUAAAGAAUGGCUGAAGGAGGCGGGCGUGAAAGACUUCGAACGAGUAUCGUUAGAUACCAGGGCUCUGACAAAGAAUGUGAUAAAGGAUAUUGAGGAGCGGGUCGAUGAGGUCUACAAGCGAAUUGGCGAUGUCAAGAUUAAGGCGGUGACAGUCAAGAACGUGCCUCGACCGGCUGUUUUAAAACCAGCACACGCACGACAUCGCUUGUCACAUCAAGUGUUUGACCUCGGGGAUCGCGUGAUGUAUGCCAUGGACUCCGGCAGUGUGCCCUUAGCGGCACAGGGCACGGUCGUUGGCAUGGAGGGUAAUUUUCUGGAUGUUGUUUUCGAUCAAAUGUUCAUGGGUGGUAGCAGCCUUGGGGACAGAUGCCAACCGAAUCGCGGAUUGGUGGUUAACAAGGACGCGGUACUUAACCUGACUCAUAUGCAGCCUCCGAUCGAAGGUAGCCGACCAAGCCAAGUCAUACCAAUUAAUCGGCCAAUUCCCAGAUUUGCCAUGCGUUCUGGAGGAAACGCUCUAGCACAGCAGCAGAAUUCUGCCCAUAAAUCAUCAGCGCCACCGAUAAAAAAUGCGUGGACGGAAGGUGGUCCUACCAUCAUGGCGCGCAACGCUGGUCCACGGUCUGGUUUCAACGAACCCCCGAGAUUCGAAAAUCAAGAACGAAGUGACGCCGGGAAAAGGCAUACGUUUGCGGGCGCUUCCGGUGUGACAAUCGCCAUCACGAAGCACUCCACCCCUGUACGGUCAACAGGCGGUAAUGUCGUCCCUAAAAACUCUCAGCCAAGUGUGACGAGCGUAGCGAAAGAAAACGUCAGACGCAAGCCGCAUCCAUCUCGUCCGGAGGUAGCUGCACCGUCGAAUAGUGUUCUUCCUAACGGAUCCGCGAUAAAGAUCCAGCAUGAGCAUGAAAAGGCGGACUCUACGAAACGCAGUGCGCCGUCAAAGCCCACUCACCAAGGAGGGGCAGGCGAGCAACUGAAAACUGGUCUAAUCCGCAACUCCGGUACAUCUGCACCACCUAUUCAUGCAGUAUCCUCGGCAACGCCUGAAGCCAACGAGACGGCAACAGCAGCCGGAUAUAGUGGGUUACCACCUAGUGGGUCGACGGACGAAGCGGACAUGAUCACGCAGAGUUUGAAGACCAUGCUGCAUAUCGGCAAUAACCACCCGCCGCCAGCCACAACGGUUCCCCUCAUGCAAGUUCCGGUUGGGUUUCAACCAAUUCAAAUGGUUCCUGUAGGGAUGCCAGUUUUCACCCAGCCACACUUUCCGAUGUCAAUGGCUCCGGCAAUCCCAAUACAGUACGGAACAGCGCCACAUGGCCCUCCACAGGCUAUUGUGAUGGAUCCCAACAACUUGGAAGUAUCCCGACAACUAAUGGCAAUGCUGCAGCCUCAACAAGCCGCGCAGCCACACAUGCUGGCCAGCUUUUCUCCAUACACCGUUGCUGCCGGUGCAAUGCCAGUUCAGCCGGUACAGAACGAGCUAGCAGAGUUAAUCAAGCAUAAGGAACCUGCUGGACGAGGAAGGGGACGUGGAGCUGCUGGAGUACCUGGACCAAGGAGAAGUACUGCUACCGGCACGGGAGAUGUGAUUCAAUCGAGUGAGGAACAAGGUUCUACAUCGCAGGAACCAGAGGAAACGAUGGACGUUGAACAUGAAGGUGAGGAGGGAACAGGGGAAGUAAAUCGGGAUCCUGGAACUCACCAAGAUCGCGGGCGUGGACGUGGACGUGGAGCCUUCCGCGGACAACAUCAAAAUCAAAGAUGGUCUGGCGGUGGAUAUGUACCGAGAGGCGGGUAUGGAUAUGGACCCAUGCAACAAAAUGGAGGGUACAAUUGGAGAGGUGGAAGGGGACGAGGUACCGGAGGCUCUUAUGGGAAUGGUACACACCAAGGCGGUGGGGGUCAGGGCGGUUUCCAUGAUAAUCGAGGGCGGGGUCGUGGCGGAUAUCAUGGAGGUGAAAGUGGAAGUCGAGGGCGUGGCCGUGGUUUCACCUAGUUGUCGAGAUCAAGCAAUGGACCGUGGUGGGAAUACCUCCAGCAUGUAGUGGGGCAGCAGUAGCUAGUGCACUCAGGACACGGACGCCUCUUUUGUAGAGAUGUACAUGUUUUUUUCUUUCUUUUUUGCAAUAGACGCUGAUCUCACAACAGCCUCCGCCAUCAACGACAUUUAUUGAUCAACCGCACUGGACUAUGGUUCAGUGGGACUAUUCUGUAUCUGCCCA